CAAUUACAAUUGAGGAAAAAACAAAAAGUCAGGCAGCGACAGCGAGGCACUAUUGAAAUCGGUUCGAGGGAGCUUCACUGACUAGACUGACUCACUGAACGAACACCGUAGAUCGCUCUGCCGGUCUCAACUUCACCACUCGUAAACAACCUGGUUAUGGAGAACCCAGGUCUAAAUCACCCUCCUGAAGUAGAUUCACUACGAGAUGAUUUUGUUGAAAGCUCUGCAGAAACUCAAACGCCUUCGACACAAAUUUUUGAACAAGCAAAGCUGUUAGAUUGCCAACACAAAACUUUACCAGAAUCUGACUGUUCUGAUGGGCAAAGGCAUGAGGUCACGGAAAAUGUUGAAACUGAGAAGUGCAGUUCAGAGAAGACCCAAAAGUUGGAAACUUUAGCUGUUGUUUCAUCUGAAUCAGAAAAGUUCAAUAAUUCGGAGAGUUUGGAAAAGAUGGCUGAUAAGGGCUGUACGGAACUAGCAGAAACUGACAUUCUUAACAUAAAAGAAAUUUCUAACGAAGCUACAACUAACGAGUCUGGCUGCAGCAAAGUAAAAGAACAAGCUCAAGAUGAACCUCAAAGUUCAGACAAGGCCACUGGUGGAGGUUUAGAUGCAUCAACGUCACAUGGGAAGGAAAUAUCUGCGACAAAGGUUAUUCAAACUACAAAAAACAUAAAAUCUGAAAGUGCUGAAGUCAAACGCAAGAAUCCAAAGCGUACAUUUAAGUCAGAAAAGGAGUUUCUUGAAUUUACUUUAAAGUAUCAGCAAGUUCAUGCAGAAAGAGAUGCAGCUAUUGUUGUACGGGACAAGUUGGAGUCACUAUGCAGGGAGUUGCAACGUCAAAAUAAAAUGCUAAUGGACGAAUGCAAACGGGUCUCAACUGAGGGACAAAGCCUCAGAACAGAAUUAUCAGUUAAGUUUCAAGAUGCAAUCAAGGAUGUUAGCAAUAAGCUAGAGGAGCAAAAGGAUGAAUGCCUUGCACAGCUGAAAGAGAAUGAAACCUUAAGGAACAAACUGAAGCAGCUUGUUGAUCAGUUCUCUCUUUCCGAACAACAAUUCACACAAAAGUUGAAGCAGAAAACACUUGAACUUCAGCUUGCUGAUCUGAAAACUAAGCAAUGUGAGGAGAAAUUGUUUCAGGAACAAUCUCAAAUGAAAGUAUAUGCAGAGCAAAUUUCACAAUUAUUGUCAACAGAAAAGAAUCUGCGUUUACAACUAACAGCUGAUGGAGAAAAAUUUCAACAAUUUCAAGAUGCAUUAGUAAAAAGCAACGAGGUAUUUGAAACCUUCAAACAAGAAAUUGAGAAGAUGACAAAAUCCAUCAAGGAACUCAAGAAGGAAAAUUCAUUCUUGAAGAGCAAAUGUGAGAAAUCAGAUGUUACUCUGAUUGAGCUUCUUGAUGAGCGUGAGGGCUUGAAGAAACAGCUGGAGAAAAUGAAGAACCAGAAGGAAAAGCUCGAAUCCUUGUGUCGAUCACUACAAGCGGAAAGGAAACAAAGUUCUAUGGGAAGCAAUAACUCUGAUUCACCUUCAGUUUGAAGUCUUAACUUAUUUUGUAAAAUAUGAUAUGCUUGAGAGGAUUUCAAUACCUAACUCAUAUAAUUUGACUGUCUUCAAGCUGAGGAAAUAGUUAUAUUGUGAUUUGAAGAUCACCAUGUCCAUUACUAUCAGCUUUUGUAGGGUUAAUAUUGAUUUUUGUUGCAGAAGGGGGGAAAAAAGAAGAAAAAAGAAAGUCUUCUUGUUUCUAAUGAACAGAGUUAUGAACCCAGUUGCAGUUUUGAGAUGGCUUGACACUAUUAUAUUUGUAAAUUUCAAUCUGAAAUUUGACAUGUUGAGCUCCUC